AUGUCGUCCUCUGGGGGUGGCUUCCUUGGUCGCUCGAGCAGCAGCACCGCCAACAUGCGCGGCCUGGUCCAGUUCAUCGCUGACCUGAGAAAUGCCCGCGCCCGCGAGCUUGAGGAGAAGCGCAUCAACAAGGAGCUCGCCAACAUCCGCCAAAAGUUCAAGGAUGGGAAUCUCAGCGGCUACCACAAGAAGAAAUACGUCUGCAAGCUCCUGUACAUUUAUAUCCUAGGCUGGGACGUUGACUUUGGCCAUCUCGAAGCCGUCAACCUCAUCUCCGCGGGCAAGUACUCGGAGAAGCAAAUUGGCUACCUGGCCGUGACGCUCUUCCUCCAUGAGAAGCAUGAGCUUCUCCAUCUUGUCGUCAACAGCAUUCGCAAGGAUCUCCUGGACCACAACGAGCUUUUCAACUGUUUGGCUCUGCAUGCCAUUGCCAAUGUUGGAGGCCGCGAAAUGGGCGAAUCUCUCAGCAGCGAUGUCCAUCGACUUUUGAUUGCUCCUACGUCAAAGUCUUUUGUGAAGAAGAAGGCGGCCCUCACUUUAUUGCGACUGUACCGAAAGAGCCCCGAAAUCGUUAGCCCGCAAUGGGCUGAUCGUCUGGUUCACUUGAUGGACGAUCCUGAUCUCGGCGUUGCGCUUUCUGUCACCUCAUUGGUGAUGACUGUCGCGCAGGACAGCUUGGAUCUGUAUAAAGGCGCCUACGCCAAAGCCGCUGCUCGACUUAAGCGCAUUGUCAUCGAUGCCGAGUAUACGGCCGAUUACUUAUACUACAAGGUUCCCUGCCCGUGGCUCCAAGUAAAGCUUCUGAAGCUUCUUCAGUAUUUUGCGCCUUCAGAUGAUACCCACGUCCGCAACAUGCUGCGAGAAGCCUUGCAAAAGAUUCUAAGCUUAGCCACGGAGGGCAGCAAAAACGUGCAGCAGAAUAAUGCGCAGAAUGCCGUUCUCUUUGAAGCAAUCAACCUCAUCAUUCAUCUCGACACUGAGCACGAACUCAUGGAUCAAAUCUCGACUCGUCUAGGCCGCUUCAUCCAAAGCCGCGAAACCAAUGUUCGUUACCUCGGCCUCGAAGCCAUGACGCAUUUGGCGGCACGCACGCGAACUCUUUCCCCCAUCAAGCAGCACCAGAGCAUUAUUCUUGGAUCACUGAAGGACCGUGACAUUAGUGUUCGGCGCAAGGGAUUGGAUCUGCUCUACAGCAUGUGCGAUUCUACGAAUGCUAGAAUUAUUGUCGGCGAGCUGUUGCACCACCUUCAAAAUGCCGACUACGCUAUUCGUGAAGAAAUGGUGUUGAAGAUUGCCAUUUUGACGGAAAAGUACGCCACCGAUGUCCAAUGGUACGUCGACAUCUCCCUCAGACUGAUUGCCAUGGCUGGUGAUCAUGUUAGCGACGAAGUCUGGCAGCGCGUCACGCAAAUCGUAACCAACAACGAAGAACUUCAAAUAUAUGCCGCUCAAAAUGCACUGCAGCACAUCAAGUCGGACCAUUGCCAUGAGACACUAGUCAAGAUCGGAGCAUACAUCCUGGGUGAAUUCGGCCACCUGGUCGCAGACCAACCGCGAUGCAGCCCCAUCGAGCAGUUUAUGGCUUUGCAAAACAAGCUGGCCUCGUCGUCACCCAGCACGCGUGCCAUGAUUCUCUCGUGCUUCAUCAAAUUCGUCAACCUGUUUCCCGAAAUUAAGCCCCAACUCGUUCACGUUUUCCAGAUCCACAGCCAUACCUUGGAUUCGGAAAUGCAGCAAAGAGCUUGCGAAUAUCUUACCCUUGCGACACUCCCUACCGAUGACUUGCUGAGAACAGUUUGCGACGAGAUGCCCCCGUUCCCCGAGAGAGAGUCAGCUCUGUUGUCUCGACUACACCAAAAGCACGCCAAUACCAGCGACAGACGCACCUGGGUUGUCGGCGGCAAGGAUGCCAACGCGGACCAAUCGGAAUUGAGCAUGGCCAAGCCUGGUCUUAAGCGCUCCUUUAGCUCUGGCAAUGCCCUCAAUGGAAGCAAAGCGGGACAAUCGAACGGAACGAAUGAUUUGGCGGGAUUGGAUAUGAGCGGUCCGACGGAACCGGCCAAGGCACCGAAUCUUGCUAGUGCCGCGCAUUUGUCGCCUGGCUGGGAGAAGGGGUACAAUCGGCUCCUGCUUCGACCAGAAGGUGUGUUAUACGAAGAUGGCCAGCUGCAAAUAGGCAUCCGGUCGGAAUACCGCGGCCAAAUGGCUUGUAUCAUCGCCUACUUCAAGAACAAAAACCCUGGCGACAUCGCUUCAUUCACGACGACCCUGGACUUGGACCCCAGCGAAAAGACCAAUUUGACUUGGGAUGUGAAAGACUUACCGGAUAACAGCCUGGUUGCUGGCGGCCAGUCGCAACAAGUUAUCAUGUUUGAGGCACAAAAGACAUUCGCCAAAAGUCCGACAAUCCGAGUCAGCUAUCUGGCUGGAUCUCUGCAGGCCGUCACGCUCAAGCUUCCGAUUGCCAUGCACAAGUUUAUGGACCCCGCGGAGCUAUCGGCAGAGGACUUUUUCAAGCGAUGGAAGCAAAUCAGCGCCGGGCCAAGAGAAGCGCAAGCGAUCUUCGGUGUCCAUGCAAAGGCCAAAAACAGGGAGAUUACAGAGACAUUUGUCAAGAGAUCUGUAGAAGGCUUCCGAUGGCGUUUGCUGGAUAUGGUUGAUCCCAACCCCAAGAAUAUUGUCGGUGCCAGUGUGCUCCAUACGACACAGGGUGGCAAGUUUGGCUGCCUUAUGCGACUGGAGCCAAACUACGGAAGCCAAAUGAUUCGACUAACCAUCCGCGCAACUGAUGAUUCCGUGCCUGCUGUGCUGCUCAAGCUCAUGCAAGAUCAUUUGAGCAUGGGUGUUUCUGCAGGCCCGGAGCUUCCCGAACCUCCUACAAGGCAAGAAAUAUCUGAUGCGUUUGGGAAUGUGAUGGUAAUGUGA